CUGAGCUAGGCGCCCUCCGGAAGCGUUUCCAACUUUCCAGAAGUUUCUUGGGACGGGCAGGAGUGGGUGAGGAGGUCCAUAUAUAGCUCCUGAGCGCGGGGCAGCGGACGGAGAGUAGAAUCUGUCCGCAGCUUCACAGCGUGUCCUGCACCCUGGUCCAGAAUGAAAAAGGCAGGCAUUGACUACUCUCUGAGGCAGUUUCAAGGUCCCCCGUGGUGCAUACAGCCCACCUCCCAGCCAUGCGCUGCCUCCUGCUACUUGGUACCUUCAGCCUCCUGGCGGUGGCCCUGGCAGCUGAGGUGAAGAAACCUGCAGCAGCGGCAGCUCCUGGCACUGCAGAGAAGCUGAGCUCCAAGGCAGCCACACUGGCCGAGCGCAGUGCCGGCCUGGCCUUCAGCCUGUACCAGGCCAUGGCCAAGGACCAGGCAGUAGAAAAUAUCUUGCUGUCGCCCGUGGUGGUGGCCUCAUCCCUGGGGUUGGUGUCACUGGGCGGCAAGGCAGCCACUGCAUCACAGGCCAAAGCGGUGCUGAGCGCUGAGCAGCUGCGUGACGAGGAGGUGCAUGCAGGCCUGGGUGAGCUGCUGCGGUCGCUCAGCAACUCCACGGCACGCAACGUGACCUGGAAACUAGGCAGCCGCCUGUAUGGCCCCAGCUCAGUGAGCUUUGCUGACGACUUUGUGCGCAGCAGCAAGCAGCACUACAACUGUGAGCACUCCAAGAUCAACUUCCGAGACAAGCGCACUGCACUGCAGUCCAUCAAUGAGUGGGCCGCGCAGACCACCGACGGCAAGCUGCCCGAGGUCACCAAGGAUGUGGAGCGCACUGAUGGUGCCCUGCUUGUCAACGCCAUGUUCUUUAAGCCACACUGGGAUGAGAAGUUCCACCACAAGAUGGUGGACAACCGAGGCUUCAUGGUGACUCGUUCCUAUACUGUGGGAGUUACGAUGAUGCAUCGGACAGGCCUCUACAACUACUAUGACGAUGAGAAGGAGAAGGUGCAGAUCCUGGAGAUGCCCCUGGCCCACAAGCUCUCCAGCCUCAUCAUCCUCAUGCCCCACCACGUGGAGCCACUCGAGCGUCUUGAGAAGCUGCUGACAAAGGAGCAGCUGAAGGCCUGGACGGGGAAGCUGCAGAAGAAGGCUGUCGCCAUCUCCCUGCCCAAGGGAGUGGUGGAGGUGACCCACGACCUGCAGAAACACCUGGCUGGGCUGGGCCUGACUGAGGCCAUCGACAAGAACAAGGCAGACUUGUCCCGCAUGUCAGGCAAGAAGGACCUGUACCUGGCCAGCGUGUUCCAUGCCACUGCCUUCGAGUGGGACACAGAGGGCAACCCCUUUGACCAGGACAUCUAUGGGCGGGAGGAGCUGCGCAGCCCGAAGUUGUUCUACGCCGAUCACCCUUUCAUCUUCCUGGUUCGAGACACCCAGAGCGGCUCCCUGCUGUUCAUUGGGCGCCUGGUACGGCCCAAGGGCGACAAGAUGCGAGAUGAGUUGUAAGGCGCUGGGGUGUGCAGGGAAGGCAGAAGGCAGCCCGCAGGCUCUUGAGACACAUGGGUGCUACUGGGAAAGGGUGCCAGCCUUGGAUAUUCUACGGGGUGGGGGUGGAAAAAUGACCAGGGUUCCCAUGUGUCCCAGUGGACUUGCCCAGCUAGAAUCCAUUCUGCACGGACGUGGGUCCGCAGAAACCAUGACGCUGAGCCCAGAGAAGCCACAUGCUGUGGGAGCUGGGUGUCUCAUCCUGCCCUGUCUUCAGAGGCCUAGAUCCAGCCUCCCUCAGCCAGCCAGUCAGUGUUCCUAUUUAUAGCCAGGUGCUUUUGAAUCUGUGAGACAAUUGAGCUGAGGCUUCAGCCCAGCCAUCUUCUCCUGACAACCACCAUCACCACCUCAGCCCCUCCCUGGCUCCCCAGAACUCCCCCAACUUCCCUCAAAAUAAACUAGGUGCUGUAGCCCCUGGGACCAGGCACCCCCAGAAUGGCCUUAGUCCCAGUAAUGGGGAUGGGAUAAGAGCUCAAAGGAGAGGCUCCUGGGCAGACCCUGGUUAAGAAUCCUUACAUGGGGCAUUGUGGGGAUGAACAUUUUGUUUUCCUUUUUUUAGUUUUUCAAAGAUGGGAAGGGAAGGGGGAACAUGAGCCUUUGUUGCUGUCAAAAUGAGAACUUAUUUGUACAAUUGUUUUUUCAAUAAAACUUUUCCAAGGAAA